CUCUGCGUCUCUCUUCCGGCAGCAGAAGUUGGGUCCGCAUGUGCGGCUAUGGCCAGCGCUGCUGGGGUUGGGGGCAUCGUGCCCCCAGCCCCAUGCUCCUCCUGAGUCUACUUCUGUCUGCAGCCCCAUUUGGCCUGCUGGGGGAGGAAACCCGCCAGGUAUCUCUGGAGGUCAUCCCUGGCUGGCUGGGUAACCCCCAGAACCUGCUUCAUAUCCGGGCAGUGGGCACCAAUUCCACACUGCACUAUGUGUGGAGCAGCCUGGGGCCUCCAGCGGUGGUGCUGGUGGCCACCAACACCCCCCACAGUACCCUGAGUGUCAACUGGAGCUGCCUGCUGUCCCCUGAGCCUGAUGGAGGCCUGACGGUGCUCCCCAAGGACAGCAUCCAGUUUUCUUCUGCCCUUGUCUUUACCAGGCUGCUUGAGUUUGACGGCACCAACGUGUCCAAUACGGCAGCAAAGCCCCCAGGAAAACCGUAUCCUCCAUACUCCUUGGCCGAGUUCUCCUGGAACAACAUCACCGACUCACUGGAUCCUGCCACCCUGAGUGCCACAUUUCAAGGCCGCCCCAUGCACGACCCUACCAGGGCUUUUGCCAAUGGCAGCCUGGCCUUCAGGGUCCACGCCUUUUCCAGAUCCGGCCGACCAGCCCAACCCCCUCGCCUCCUGCACACGGCAGAUACCUGCCAGCUAGAGGUGGCCCUGGUUGGGGCCUCUCCCCAGGGAAACUGCUCCUUGUUUGGGCUGGAGGUAGCCACCUUGGGCCAGGGCCCUGACUGCCCCUCAAUACAGGAGCAGCACUCCAUCGACGAUGAAUAUGCACCUGCUAUCUUCCAGGUCGAUGCUCGUGGGUGUGGGCCCCCCUCCAAUGGAUGCCUUGUCCCCACUAGUCCUGGGCAUCAUGGCGGUGGCCCUGGGUGCCCCAGGGCUCAUACUGCUGGGGGGGGGCCUGGUUCUGCUUCUGCGCCAAAAGCAGUACUCAGAGUACCAGUCCAUCAACUGAGGCCCACUCUCUGGACGGAAGGACGUUACUGGACCUGCCUUGCUGUGACUGAGACCUCUGGAGGUUGGCGGGUCAGUGUUCCAGCCGGCCCCUCCCCUCUCCCAUCUUGCUUUUCUUAGAACCUCACAGACUAGCCUCAACUUCCUGGGGACCCCCAGGUGGGGCUUCCUUCAUACCUUGGGGAGGGGCCAGGGACAGGGGAUUGUUGCUAAAGGAAGGAAAGAAGGGUCCCUCGGCGUUUCCUUCCUGCAUACCCCACACUUGUUUGCUUUGGAUGGGAUUCGAGUCCUAAAUGAGAGGUCUUCUGACUGGUCGGCCGCCCUGGAGGGCAUGAAAUAGACUUAUUUUUUUCACAGGGCUCCAGUCUCUUCAUGUGUGAAUUUGAUGGGCUGGUUUGGAGCUGGUUCCAGGGAAUGGAAGUGCUAAGUUUCUGUUUGAGGCUGCAUUUCCUCACCAGGACUUGUUCUCUCCCUCACCAUGGAACCAAGCCUUCUGUCAGCCCUCCGCCAUGUGGAGCUAGGAGGUUUCUGUUGUAGUGUGAAUCAAACAAGGAAGGGACAUUGAGACCAGGGUACAAACUGGAAAAAAGAGCCAACAAAGACUGUGGUAGUAAUUUAUUGUUACACACACACACACACUCACACUGGGUUAACAUCAGCCACUGUGCCUUCCAACCACUCCCCAGCCACCACAUGUGGACACACGUGCGCGCACACACAAACACACACACAGCACCACCCCCUAACCCCUCUUGGGAGGCAGAUUUCCCUGUCUACUCCUCUCUCCUGUGGGAGGGGUGUGACUUCUGGGCAGUUUAAAGGUGGGAAGUUACAGAGGCCUAAACAGAUUGGAAGAGAGAAGGCAGCAGCCCAGGACUGGGGCAGCUAUAAUAGUCUUGACUGAAGCUAAAGGGCCCUUAUCCCAGACUCCCAAGGAAAGUUUUCACCAAACAUGACAGUCCUAUUUGAUCUGAUGCCCAGCCUCUAUCCUUAGAUGUGGGCAGUAUAUCCAGGCUCCUUGAGGUCCUCUGCUUAGACAACUGACACAGAAAUGGUCAGGGUUUGGCUGUGGCCCUGCCGCACAGAAAACUGGGG